GUCUCGUUAAGGGGUGGGGUGUUCCGGCCUCGGCGAUGGCAUUACAAGACUCGUCUAAUAGGUAUCCGAUGUAAUGCUAUGAUUCCCCGCGUACGAAACUCCCUUCCAGACGGCAAUAUAUCAUAUACCGAUAGCCCCUAGAGUGUGAAUGCUGCUCGUACCUGGCCCAGAGGGUGACAAUUCGAUUCGCGGUCAGAUUCUAUAGUCUUGGAUCUUUGCUGUUCUGGUUUCUCGUCAGGGCAGACUUCUUCUCCGUCUUAGCUGUUCACCGGUGGCGCCAGUCCGACCAUCCCGCCGCAGCCUACACUGUUAAAAAUGGCCACCACGACACUGAAGAUCGCUGUUAUACCCGGCGACGGUAUUGGCACGGAAGUGAUGCCGUACGGUGUUCGGUGUCUCAAAGCCGCUGCCAAAGUAUUUAAUAUCACGUUAACCUUCGAGACGUUCAAUUUUGCUAGUUGUCCCUUUUACGAGGAGCAUGGAGACAUGCUUCCGCCAGACUGGAAGGAAACACUUGUCGGUUUCGACGCCAUAUAUUUUGGGGCGGUUGGCAUGCCGGAUCUCGUCCCCGACGACGUGUCUCUGUGGGGAAGCCUGUUGAAGUUUAGGCGUGAAUUUGAUCAGUAUAUCAAUCUGCGUCCAUGCCGGCUCCUAGCUGGAGUCAACUGCCCGCUGAGUGGCCGGAAGCCUGGAGAUAUCGACUUCUGGAUUGUCCGUGAGAAUACCGAGGGUGAAUACAGUAGUAUUGGGGGGAAGAUAUUUGAGGGUACCGAUCGCGAAACGGUUAUCCAGGAGACUGUCAUGACCAGGACCGGUGUCGAUAGGGUCCUCCGCUACGCCUUCGAUCUAGCGCAGAGCCGACCGCGAAAACGGCUCACUAGCGCGACGAAGAGCAACGGAAUCAGCAUCACGAUGCCUUAUUGGGACUCCCGGGUCCGUGAAAUGGCGCGUGGGUAUCCAGAUGUACAUGUAGAGAAGUUCCAUAUCGACAUACUUACCGCCCAUUUCGUCCAGAAACCGGACAUAUUCGACGUAGUCGUCGGCAGUAACUUGUUCGGGGAUAUCUUAUCCGACCUUGGCCCCGCCUGCACUGGCACUAUCGGAAUUGCUCCUUCGGCCAACAUCAAUCCAGAUCGUCGGUUCCCAAGCCUCUUCGAGCCAGUCCACGGCAGCGCACCCGACAUUGCUGGCAAGGGCAUCGCGAACCCGGUUGGCAUGAUCUGGGCUGGCCAGAUGUUGCUUCAACAUUUCGGAUAUGACGCCGCAGCCACGGCGAUGCUCGAGGCAAUCGAACGCGUCCUGGCACGAAAGGACCCUUUUAUUAUCACAGCUGACAUGGGCGGUAAAGGGACAACUAAGAGUCUAGGGGAGGCUAUCGAGGCUGAGAUCCUCUCGGGUAAAAGGGGGUAACCCCCUCAGCUAUGCAUGUCGGCCGUCGUUCGACCGGGAGAGCGACGGGCCUCUGAUCACGGUGGUUCAGCGGAGCUUUGGCCGGUUCGCCUAUUGAUCCGUUUCAACUCCCUCUCUUUCCGUCUACCUCUAUACAUCUAGUCGGUUCACUGGUGUCUCUCCAUCAUAGCCCAUGCCAACAUACUACCUGACUCCCCGGCUAACAAACUCGAGAUUCUACAUUCGAUGCACAUAC